GCUCAUUGUGCAGCCGAGGAAACAUCGCAAGCUUCCGACGACGUCGGUAUGAAAUGGCAGAAACUGCUUGUGUCACGGAAGCACAAAGAUUAGGUUACGUAGGAGCUACACAUGUAUUUUGCGAUGAUCCAGACCUGCUAGACUGAGGGAAACGGAACUAUACCCGGAGGAGAAAAAAAAAGGGAUUAAAGUGCUGUUUUUCACCGAACAACCAAAAGAAAAAAACGGCCGGGUUGUGUCUCCAGCAGCGGGCAGCGAACGGCGACUGCGGGUCGACACUGUUGGAAUUAACCGGAGAGGGGUCUUGAGAGGAGAGCUCCACUUGGAUGCCCAGUCACAGUGUUCGUCCCAAGGCUUCACCAUGAACCGGAACAAGCGUGAAAAGGAGUACUACAGUAUAGAUGUGGGCGAUUCAACUUUUAUGGUUUUAAAGCGCUACCAGAACCUCAGACCCAUCGGAUCCGGAGCACAGGGAAUUGUCUGUUCAGCGUAUGACCACAAUUUGGAGAGGAACGUUGCCAUCAAGAAGCUGAGCCGACCCUUUCAGAAUCAAACUCACGCAAAACGGGCCUACAGAGAACUGGUGCUCAUGAAAUGUGUCAACCAUAAGAACAUAAUCGGCCUAUUAAACGUGUUCACACCACAGAAGACACUGGAAGAAUUCCAAGAUGUGUAUCUUGUGAUGGAGCUGAUGGAUGCCAACCUCUGCCAGGUGAUUCAGAUGGAGCUGGACCACGAGAGGCUUUCCUACCUGCUCUACCAGAUGCUGUGUGGAAUCAAACACCUACACGCCGCAGGCAUCAUACACAGGGACCUGAAGCCCAGUAACAUCGUGGUGAAGUCUGACUGUACUCUAAAGAUCCUGGACUUUGGCCUGGCCAGGACAGCCGCCACCGGCCUCCUCAUGACGCCCUAUGUGGUCACCCGCUACUACCGCGCCCCUGAAGUCAUCCUGGGCAUGGGCUACCAGGCCAAUGUGGAUAUUUGGGCUGUGGGCUGCAUUAUGGCAGAAAUGGUUCGCCACAAAAUCCUUUUUCCAGGAAGGGAUUAUAUCGACCAGUGGAAUAAGGUGAUCGAACAGCUGGGGACGCCAUCCCAGGAGUUCCUGAUGAAACUCAACCAGUCAGUGAGGACCUACGUGGAGAACCGGCCACGGUAUGCUGGCUACAGCUUCGAGAAGCUCUUCCCCGACGUCCUGUUUCCUGCAGACUCUGAACACAACAAACUGAAAGCGAGCCAAGCCCGAGACCUACUAUCCAAGAUGCUGGUGAUCGAUGCGUCAAAACGGAUCUCAGUGGAUGAGGCUCUCCAGCACCCGUAUAUCAAUGUGUGGUAUGACCCCACUGAAGUGGAGGCGCCACCACCAGUGAUCACAGACAAGCAGCUGGAUGAGAGAGAGCACACAGUGGAGGAGUGGAAAGAAUUGAUAUAUAAAGAAGUGUUGGACUGGGAAGAAAGGACAAAGAACGGCGUCAUCAGGGGACAGCCAGCGUCCAUAGGUGCAACAGUGAGCAGCAGCUCCGACCAGCACCACCAGCACCACCCCUCCACGUCCUCCUCCGCCUCCAUGUCCACCGACCCGACCACCCUGACCGACACCGACAGCAGCCUGGAGACAGCCAGCACCGCCGCCGCUGUCGCCACCGCCGCUGCUACCACCGCUGGCCCCCUGGGCUGCUGCAGAUGACUAUCAUCUACUCCUCCUCCUGGUCCUGGUCCUGGUCCUGGUCCUGGUCCUGGGCUGGGCUGGGCUGGGCCACUCUCCCUGGUCACCUUUGAGACCACCAGCCUGACACUGGCUCUUGGCCCCGCCCCCUGCAUCUGCCUCCUCCCACCUCCUCUAUGUGCUUGUCUUCAGUAGUUUAGCGAUUAGCCAGCUAGCUGUUUGAGAAAUAUUUCUGAAAGGACAGAUCUUUUUUCCUUUUUUUAUGACAGUAAUAGUCUUUUCUUUUUUUUUUUUUUUAAAAAUUAGGAUUUAUUUUCAUUUGAGUCCUAGCUGUAAUUUAUUGUGGCAUUUCUUAAUUUUUCAGAAACCUAAGAUGACGAUAAGAGAAUUUUUAUGAUUUCACUAUGUUCCGGUUUGUAUUAACCGACAGUGAGAAUUUAAAGAAAUAUGUGUAAAAUGUUUAAUGUGAUCUAUUUUUCUGUUGAAAGUCAUUUGUUUUCACUCGCUUUUACAACUUGCCAUAUAAAUAUAGUUUGUACAGAUUUUAUGGUAGAUGUAGUUUUAUCUUCGAUAUGAGUUUGCAGUGAGCCAUUGAAACAUAAUUUAAUUGACAAAUGUACGGUCUUAGUACUCCCCUUACCUGUUUUAUCUCUCACCAUAUGGAUAUUGUUUUAAAUUCACAUGACAUAUCCAUUUAUUUCAACCGAGGUCAUUUUAGAUGCGUUUGUAAAAAGAUUUUUUUCUUGUGAGUCACUACUACAGCCUACAUUGUAAAUUUCAACCUAAUGAAAGCUUUAUAAUUUUUCUUCACUUCCUGUUCAGUCAAAACUACAAAAUAGUGAGUUUCACUUUCACCAUAUGAUUUAUUUUAUGAUCUACAAUUAAACUAUGGGAUUGAUAACAGAACAGUGACAUCCCGCAGGAUAACUCGGAGCAUUGUGAAGACUGUCUUCUGUAUUUUUAAGUGCUUUAAAGUACCUCUUCUCUUGUCUGCAACAGGCAGCUUGACGUUAUGGAACUAGAGCGGUGGUUUUGCUUUGGAGGACUGAAUGCAGAGCUGUUUCACGUUCUCCUCUGGCUUGCUUUGACAGUGAGGUAUUGUUAACAGUUCAGGACUUUUAGAAUGUUUUUCGUCGUGGUUAGGAAAGGUUUGUCGAGACGUAGAGUUGCGUGAGGUUGUAAAAUCGGUGACGGUGUAAGUAGAAUGUGCUUCAGUCAAGUAGGGAAUUGUGAUAUUGAGAACGCGAGUGAUGAACGUGUUGAUGUUCGGCGUCUUGGAGGGAUAAUGAUUCGGAAACCUGAUGGAACCGUGUGAGAAAAUGUCUGCUUCCUACUACCAGAUCCUGUUAUUAGUAAUGUACUGUACUGAAUUUGGAAAUUUUAAAGUGAUUUUUCUUUUUGUUUUUCUCUAAAAAUUGGCCAAACACUUUGCGUACCGGACUUGCCUACAAUUGUGAAUAAAAGAACCUAACACUUAGCAUGUUAAACAGCAGCACAAACAAGCCGAGUAAAAUGAAACAAAUUAUUCUACUGUAUGCAAUAAUAGUGCCCUUUUUAAGUGAUUUUGAUUUAUUUUGAAAGGAAAAGUGCCUGUUGUUUGUCAUUCAUUCCUGAGUACAUGGGAGGAAGUGUAUUCGUUAUGUGUAGGUUUUAACGGCGUCUGGAUAACAGCAGUAGUGUCCACAUCAAACCAAUAAUGUAUGAUGGGGUUGUAGUUCUCACAAAUGUAUUGUAUAUUUUUCUACUUGUUUUGGUUUUGACCCUUGGGCGGGAGACUGUGGUGUCUUGCAGGGUAAGAAGGUGAUGAUGUAUGCAGCGAGAUGUUUAGGCAUGUGUUUGAGUCAUUUCAGAAGAAGAGGCAGUUUUAUCAAGGUCUUUCAUCAAAGUAAAAAGAAGUAUUUCUUUGCAGUGACAGCAACCGAAGUAUAGGUUAAUAACAGUUUUUUGGCUUUUUUUGAGUACUAAUCCAAUGUGAUGAUUGUAAGUGAGAAAAACGAACUGAAAAGUUAAAGUUUUAAGUGAGUAAGUUCAACUACUGGAGCAAACUAAACGAGUGAACUCUGCAUUAUCGUCAGUAUUUUGCAAAUGGUUUUGGAUAAUGUUUAUGGUUAAAAAAGCAGAUUGAUGCACAAACAUAUUUCUGAGAGGCAGAGCCAAACAAACAUAGCGUUUCUGGCUAAUUAAUUUUUAAAUUAGAAGCCGAAAAGUCAACUAGCUGUAUUAGCUCAAAUCUAUCGAGGUAAGUUGCUUGAGGAUUUGAUGGUUGAGGUUUCAAGCAGCCGUUCUGCCAGCUAGAAAUGUUUGCAUGAUUUUCUGCAAGAGGCAAGAGUCUGGAUGGGUUGUACUCUGUCAUGGAUCACGAGCAGGUGUUGUGGGUGUUGGCAGAAACGGCACUGGGACAUUUAUCUAGUAAGCUCAAAGCAAAGUGGCAAAAAAAAAAAAGGUUGUCUUUAGACUGUAGCAUGCGCCGUAGCUCUGUGCUGCGCUCUGCUUAGGCACCUUGUUAUUGUCUGCCAACUAUGUAUGGCUAAACACUGACAUAACCAUUCAUUUAACGGCAUGAUUUCUCAAAUACUGUCACACUAUGGCUCAUUCUCUGUUUCAGUCCGAAACGGCUAUUCGUAAAUCCAUUACCAAGUGUGUGUGUCCUUCCUAAGUUCUUAGCAACAACUUGCUAGUUUCAAACUAGUGAUUUACAAAACCGGGUUGCACCAUUAAAACUUAAAAGAAUGUCUUUUGUUAGUAAAAGCCGGAGCAAUGAGUAAACUGGCUGCCGAAAUGAUCUGUAGCACUGUCAAAACAAAAUCUAAACUGGAAUUGUAGCGUCACAAGCUGUAACAUAAUGAUAAUGUUUAGCUUAGAAUAAGUGGGAAAUAUAGCUUUAACUUAAUUUGUUUAAUUUACUUAGUCUAAAAUUAUUAGCGUUAUGUUUUGUAAUUUGAUUUGAGUUAUUUUUGUGAAAUUUAUUUCAAAUUUCAAAAACUUCCCAGUUUACAUUCAUAUUUAACAGCAUUUCCAGUGCGGACAGGAGCGUCGAUCAUAUUGCAUUACCUCUUUUUCUUUUCAUUGUUAACGGGUAACAACGCAAACAAACGUUAGCGUAGCCACUGAGCUACUCAAGAAUUAAUAUUUAAUAUAUUGGCAAGCUAAUGUUAGCCUUGUCAGUUACAGUAGCUACAUAACAGGUAAUAUUUAAUACGUUAGCAAGCUAAUGUUAGCUUUGACAGUUAGCUACACAACAGUUAACCUGGCAGUUGGGUUUAAAUAUUUAGUAACAACUCUAUAUAAAAGCAAGUUUAUGUGGUGCAACCCAUUUUAAUUUUGUGAUGCGUAAAUCUCUCACUUUCGAAACACAAUAUAUGCUACAACUAGGCAAAGUUUGAACUUACGAACAGCUGGUGCAAUAGCUCCUACUCUCUUUUCAGCAGAAAGGAAAAGAAUAGUUAUUGAGCAUCAAGGGUUUGCUAGCGAGGUACCGUGUUAGCAGCAGCAGCAGCAGCAGCAAAGCCUUAUUAGUACAGGGCAACACUUAAUUCAGUCUUAUUGAAGAUUACAAGAGCAAAAAAUGAAACUGUCCAGUUGUAAAUGUGCAGCAGUGUUUUGACAGACAUGGAGUAAAAAAACAAGGACUUAAACAGUGUCACAUCAGCAAGAAGGCAGCAAUAGCAGGGAGAAAAAGUGACAUGUAUCCAUUCGUCAUAUUAGUCCAUUUGUCGAAUUAGCUAAAAGAAUCAAUCAGAAAAAACACUUUGUUGUCGAAAGUGCUCUUAAUUUUCUUGCCCAACAUUAGGGGCUUUAAUUUGAGGUUUUUUUGUUUUGUUUUUGUUGUUUUUCUUCUUAGGUUGUUGUUGCUUUUUUUUUUUUUUAUUAUUACUGCAUCUCUCCAAACUAUGUCAUUCUGAUUUAAGUCGGCUUUGAUGAACUACCUCACGCUGAAUUUCUGCCAGUUCUUGCAUAUAUUUAGUCGCCUGCAGAAUUAGCUAUUGAAGACGUGUGAAUAACAGAUUCCAUUAUUUAUUUAUUUGAAAGUGUACUAUUUGUCGGUUUCAACAGACUUCUAGUUUUGUACAUUAUGUAUACUUCACCUAGAAGUAAGAGAAUUGUUAUAUGUAUUUUUUGUUCUUUUGUUUUUUUUUUGUUGUUUUUUUGUUUUUAAACUAAAUGUGCAAUACCUUCAGAAAACUGUGCUAGUAGUAUGUGAUGGGCCUAGCCUUUGUUAGCUGUCUCCUGAAGGUAAAGAAAAUGUUUGGUACUGUCAAUCCAUGUUUUCCUUUUUUAUGAAUAAGAUCAAUUUUUAUUUCUGUGACUUGUUUAUAGUCAUAAUGUUACGUAAUCAGUCUUACCCACCAAACAAAUCUGUCAGCCAGGGUUUGAUUUAGAGACAGGAAGCUCUUUUAAGUCACAAGAUGGCGGACAGAUUUUAAUUUGGGAUGUGGUAAGGACAAUAAUGUUAAUAAACACAAAAAAGAUCAUUAUAAAUCAUUAUAUGUAUGGUGCUGGUUUGUAAUGUUUGCUAGUGAAUCCAGCCAUGCAAGUAGUUUUAAGAAUUCCUGGAUCUAUGCGUCCCAAAAACCGCAACCAACAAAGAAGUGCACUACUAGAAUACACGCACUGGGAUCUGAUGAUGCCACCUCUUAAAAAAAAUAUUAAAAAAUAAAAAAACAUGUACUGCAAAUAAAAGAAAAUACACUUUGA